ACGCGCCCCGGCCCAGGUGGCGGCCGACCGCCCCGCCUCCCCGCCUGCCGGUGGGAGAAACCAUCUCCUCUGGCGGGGGUAGGGGCGGAGCAGGCGCCCGCCCACACCGGAAGAGGAAGUCUGAGCGCCAGAAGUGGCGGGCAUUCUGGGUAACGAGGUGUUUACUUCCUGCGGGUGCGCAGGCUGUGGCCGUGUAUCUCUCUGUUGCUCUUCCCAUCGGAGAAGAUGGCCCUGGAGACAGUGCCGAAGGACCUGCGGCAUCUGCGGGCCUGUUUGCUGUGUUCGCUGGUCAAGACUAUAGACCAGUUUGAAUAUGAUGGUUGUGACAAUUGUGAUGCAUAUCUACAAAUGAAGGGUAACCGUGAGAUGGUAUAUGACUGCACCAGCUCUUCCUUUGAUGGAAUCAUUGCGAUGAUGAGUCCAGAGGACAGCUGGGUCUCCAAGUGGCAGCGAGUCAGUAACUUUAAGCCAGGUGUAUAUGCGGUGUCAGUCACUGGUCGCCUGCCCCAAGGAAUCGUGCGGGAGCUGAAAAGUCGAGGAGUGGCCUACAAAUCCAGAGACACAGCUAUAAAGACCUAGCAAGAUGCAGGGCUGCCAGCAUCUUUGCUCUCCUGCCUUUGCUUGUUUCUUGUUCUGGAACUAAAUGAGCAGAACUUCAAAUACUUCCUACCCUCCAAUUCAGACUCAGCUGACUGUUGAGAAAGCAGCACAUCAUUUUAUCUUCUUUGGACUACAAGUGGGGUGGGAGGGAUUUGGGUUGGUGGAUUAACAGAUGGAAUUGAGGAGCGAGUAGGAUACUGAUUUUCCUACCCAUGGCCCAGGGCUGUGCCUUCCCCGUGCUGGGGACUCUAGGUCAAAUGUCAAUAAAUAUGAACCUCCUCUAGAAAGUUCUGAAGGCCGUGA